UUUUCAGCAGAGGAAUGAAACUUUCAGAAAUGCUAUUGCUAAAGAAUAUGAAGACAUGCCUGUUGAGGUUUCUAACGCUGAGCUUGGGAAGAGAGCACCAAGGUGGAUACGAGACAAUGAAGUAACCAUGUGCAUGAAAUGCAAGGAGCCCUUUAAUGCACUGACAAGGAGAAGGCACCACUGCCGAGCAUGUGGACAUGUGGUUUGCUGGAAAUGUUCUGAUUAUAAGGCACAUCUUGAAUAUGAUGGCAAUAAACUGAACAAAGUCUGUAAGGACUGCUAUCAUGUUAUAAUUGGUUGUACAGACAGUGAAGAAAAAAAGAAGAAAGGCAUCUUGGAGAUUGAAUCUGCAGAAGUCUCUGGAAAUAGCGUCAUAUGUAGCUUUCUUCAGUACAUGGAAAAAUCAAAGCCCUGGCAGAAAGCAUGGUGUGUUAUACCUAAGCAGGAAGCUCUUGUGCUGUACAUGUAUGGUGCUCCACAGGAUGUUAAAGCUCUAGCUACAAUACCACUUCUGGGCUAUACAGUAGAUGACACUCCAAGAAGUGCUGACCUCCCGCACAGCUUCAAACUGACCCAGUCUAAGUCUGUGCACAGCUUUGCUGCGGACAAUGAGGAACUAAAACAGAAAUGGCUAAAAGUUAUCCAUUUAGCUGUCAAAGGUGAGACACCAGAAUGUCAAAAUGAACUGCAAGUGAAUUUAGAAGAGCAACCUGAAUCUUCUAAAACGUGAAUAAUGAAGCUCAAGAACACAUGGUAUUUUUAAAAGAUUUCAAUUGAAUUGGUGUUAACC